ACCACCCAAAAACCUCGGCUUUCUUGGAUUUUUCACAGUAAAGACUAAAGACAGAGCCUUUUGAGAGCUCUAAAAGCUAUCUAUGGCUGCUUCUGGUUGGCGUAAGCUCUUCACUCGUCGCAUUUCAUCAUCAUCUUCUUCUUCUUUCGACCCCCCUCCACUUGUUCACUCUCGCAGAGUCGUCGUCACUGGUUUGGGCCUGGUGACUCCAUUGGGGUGUGGGGUGGAGACUACAUGGAAGACACUCAUAGACGGCGGUUGUGGCGUUAGGGGAUUGACCCUUGAGGAUCUCAAGAUGAAUGGGUUUGAUUCAGAGACCCAAUCUCACUCUUUUGACCAGCUCACUUCCAAAGUCGCCGCUAUUGUGCCCACCGGAACCAAUUCAGGUGAAUUCAACCAAGACUUGUGGCUCAAUUCUAAGGAGCAUCGUUCGAUUGCGAGGUUUAUAGGGUAUGCAUUGUGUGCUGCUGAUGAGGCACUUAGAGAUGCUAAUUGGAUGCCUACUGAGCCUGAGCACAAAGAAAGAACGGGUGUCUCAGUUGGUGGGGGAACUGGAAGCAUCAGUGACAUAUUGGAUGCUGCACGGUUGAUUUGUGAGAAGCGUCUUCGUCGGCUUAGUCCCUUUUUCAUCCCACGGAUAUUGAUUAACAUGGCAGCUGGUCAUGUCAGCAUGAAAUAUGGAUUCCAGGGGCCAAACCAUGCUGCAGUAACAGCGUGUGCCACUGGUGCACAUUCUCUGGGUGAUGCCACGAGGAUGAUUCAGUUUGGAGAUUCGGAUGUUAUGGUGGCUGGAGGCACAGAGUCUAGUAUUGAUGCUUUAUCAAUUGCAGGAUUCUGCAGGUCAAGGGCGUUGUCUACAAAGUACAAUUCCUCCCCACAAGAAGCAUCACGACCUUUUGACUGUGGUCGGGAUGGGUUUGUGAUAGGUGAAGGUUCUGGCGUCUUGGUGUUGGAGGAGCUUGAGCAUGCAAAGAAUCGAGGUGCAAAAAUUUAUGCAGAAGUUCGUGGUUAUGGGAUGUCAGGUGAUGCAUAUCACAUUACUCAACCACAUACUGAUGGAAGAGGUGCCAUUCUAGCCAUGACUAGUGCAUUGAGACAGUCAGGGCUUCAUCCUCACCAAGUGGAUUAUGUAAACGCCCACGCUACCUCAACACCUUUGGGUGAUUCAAUAGAAGCCAAUGCUAUCAGAAACGUUUUCACUGAACAUGCAACAUCAGGUUCUCUAGCGCUGUCCUCCACAAAGGGAGCUGUUGGUCAUCUCCUUGGUGCAGCUGGGGCUGUUGAAGCAAUAUUUUCUAUUUUGGCCAUACACCAUGGAGUUGCACCACUAACACUUAAUCUUUCAAAACCAGACCCACUAUUUAAGGAUGCUUUCAUGCCUUUGACAGCUUCAAAGCAAAUGAAUAUAAGAGCGGCUUUGUCGAACUCUUUUGGCUUUGGAGGAACAAAUGCAUCUCUGCUGUUUACAUCUCCUCCCUGACAACUUACUUGGGUUAAAUCUUCUCUUCAAGAUUGUGUACCAACUACCAUGGAUAUAAACCCUAAAUGCAAGAUGGAGCAUGGAAUGCCAGAGUCACAGUUUUUUUUUUUUUUGGUCUGACCAUAGAGUCACAGUUGUAAUGCAUAAAUAUGGGCAAAAACCCUUUGUUAUGAAGUUUGGAUAGGAUGAGCUAGGCGGGUUUGAGCCGAAUCAGUGUCAUGCAUGGGUAGCUGAAUAUGGAGAUAGCAUUUCUUGAUAGUCAAAUCCUCACUAACAGUAGUUUUCAGGUUUGCAACUUAGGCUUUGGUUUAGGAGAAGGCCACCACCGGAAUAUUGUUGUACUGAUAACGCAAUUUUGUCUAAUGAGCUUUUCUUUUAAGCUUUGUUAUA